AUGGGGUCGACUCAAUUCGGGAAUUUCCACCUCUUCAAAAUUAACGUUCCGCCUGGGGCCCCUUAUGGCGGCUGCGCGCUCACGGGCAUCGAGUUGAGCGGGGGUAGACAUCUCAGCAAUUUAGGUUCCAUCUUGCUGGCUUUCAUCGCCAUCUUGCUUUCGCUGUUUUUGAUCUGGAGGUCGGACAAGAAGCACGCCGCCGUCGGGCGACGUGAGAUGCAAUUGUUCCUUCUGGGAUUCAUCAUCAUCGAGAUUUGCGAGAUCUUCACGGUCGGCGGCUUCCCGCUCCAAGAUGCGGUUCGGAAGGGAUUUUCUGCGGUGCAUGUCGCGGCAAUCGCUGCCACUUGUUGGAUUCUGCUCUUGAAUGCGCUGGUGGGCUUUCAGUUGCUUGACGAUGGCACUCCGAUGUCUCUCGGUCUGAUCUGUGUCUCUGCCGCGAUCCUCUUCAUUGGCACUGGGUACAUUGCUCUAGACACGGGAUUCAACUGGACCGGUCAUUUUGAGCCUAGCCAUUUCGGUGACAACCGCAAUAUCGGCCUCUAUGUUUUGUACCAGCUCUUCCCGCUGGUCUGCCUGGUCUUUUUCUUCGUCCUGGAGGCCAUUCUGGUGCUCUCGGUGCUGGGCGAGUUCCGGCCAAUGAUCUAUCUGAGCGGCGCUGGUCUGUUGUUCGCCAUCGGCCAGGUCUUCCAGUACGUGGUCAGCACCCAUCUGUGCCAGGGCACAAAUGGGAAAAUUAACGGCGCCCUGUUUGAAACGCUCUUUACGCUGCUCUCUGUUGGUCUGCUCUGGAUCUUCUGGAGCAGUAUCACCGAGGACGACUGGCCCCUUCCCGUGGGAGGUGGCUACAACUGA